CGGGAGGCUUGGCUGAGACCUUCUGGAGGAUCAACACGAGGGGUUCGGAGUCGCGGUCCGGCGGAGGAGACGGAGAACCUGUAGUAGAAGACGCAGGAACACCCUGCUACACACUCCAACACACACACACACACACACACACACACACCAGCGCGUCUGACUGCACCAGCUGCUACUUCAAGGUGUGUGAAGAGCUGUGAGCUGAAGAGCCCAGAAGCCAUGGAGAACCUGGUGCUCAUCUUCAUCUCCUGCGUCCUCUUGGCGGGACCAGGCGCGGCGGACCGACUCGUCACCAUCCAGGCCGGCCCGCUGGUGCGCACCGAGGGCUCCCACGCCACCAUCUGGUGCAACGUGACCGGCUACCGGGGCGCAGUGGUGCAGGAUUUCGAGUGGUCCUUGUACCUGGCGUCGGCGCCGGAGCGCGAGAUCCGCGUGGUCAGCACCCGGCACGGCGACUACUCGUACGCGGCCUACAGUUCCCGUGUUGCCGCCGGCGACAUCUACGUGGAGCGCCUGAGCGCCGAUGCCGUGGUGCUGCACAUCUCGCGGCUACAGGCUCGCGACCAGGGCCUCUUCGAGUGCUACACGCCCAACACGGACGGCGAGUACCGCGGUUCCUACAACGCCAAGACCAACCUGACAGUGAUCCCCGACACCCUGAGCGUGACUUCGACGGCACAGACGCUCAACAAGGUGGAGGGCGACAGCCUGCAGCUGACCUGCGAUGUGAGCCGGCAGACCCAGCAGCACACCCACCUGUCGGUGGGCUGGUACCUGCGCUCGGAGGCGGGAGCACCCCCCCAGGACCUGCUCACGCUCUCCCGCGACUUUGUGCUGCGCGCCGGCGGGCCCUACAAGCAGCGCUUUGCCUCCGGGGACUUGCGCCUCGACAAGACGGGCAGCACGGCCUACAAGCUCACCGUCCACCGCCUGCAGCCGGCCGACCAGGGCCUGCUGUACUGCGAGGCGGCCGAGUGGAUCCAGGACCCCGACCGCUCAUGGUACGCCAUGACCCGGAAGCAGUCUGAGAAGACCGUGCUCAAGAUCCAGCCUGCAGAGAAGGACUUCAGCAUCCAGGUGAGCACGGAGCGCCGGGCCUACACAGCCGGAGAGCCCCUGGAGCUGCGCUGCAGCAUCGACGCACAGAAUGUCCAGGAGCGCUACUUCUCCGUGUCCUGGGUGUUCAGCAGCUCCCAGGUGGCCGUGGUGGGUCCCAACGCCGUGCCCGUGCUGGUUGGUGACUACGUGCAGCGCGAGGCUACCGGCCAGCUCACCGUACGCAAAGAGAGCCCAUCCGUCUACCUGCUGAAGCUGCAGAGCCUGCGGCCGGAGGACACCGGGAAGUACACCUGCAGGGUGACCGAGAGGGAGCGCACGCUAACCGGGGACUUCAUUGACAGGAGCAAAAGGUCUCGCAACGUGCAGAUCACCGUGCAGCCCCUCCGGAGCAACAUGACCGUCUCCUUGUCCAGUAACUCCACAGAGGUGGAGGAGGGACGGACCAUCCAGCUGACCUGCGAGGCGCACUCGGUCUUGGACAAGGCGACCGGGCUGUCCGUUACAUGGCGGUGGGCGGACGGGAAGGGCGGAGCCAAACAGGACUUGGCUGCGCUGGACGGGGAGGGUGUGGCCAAGCCGGGCCCCACCUACUCCGAGCGCGCCGCUUACGGGGAGAUCCGAGUGGAGCGAAUCGGGCCGAGCGCCUUCCUGCUGGCCGUCCACAACUCGGUGCCCGGUGAUGAAGGCCAGUACGAGUGCGCAGUCUCCGAGUGGGUCCAAGGCACCAACCGCUCCUGGGAGAAGAUGGGGGAGAAAUCAGCCACCAAGUCCAUGAGUGUGAAAGCAGUAGAAUCCUCCUUCUCCGUGUCGGCGUCGUCACGGAAACCCAGCGUCACGUACGGCGACUCGUUCGACCUGCAGUGCAUCGUAAAGCCCCGGCACAACCCGCGCGUGCCCGCCGCCGUCACCUGGCGCUUCAAGUCCUCCGAGGGCGCAGGCGACGCUCCCUUCCAGGACCUGGUGACCUUCUCGCACGACGGGACCCUGCAGUGGAGCAAGGCGUCGCUGGGCAUGGGGGCCAGGACCACGGUGGACCGCACCGGCAACGUCAGCAACUUCCGCCUGAGCAUUAGCCGCGCCGGGCCCGGCGAGUCGGGCACCUACCGCUGCUUGGCCCAGCUCUGGAGGAGAACCUACAACCGCACCUGGGCCAAGGUGGCCGAACGCACCUCGAACCCGCUUGGCAUCAACGUGGUCAAACCAGCGCCGAAGCUACGGCUCCACCAGAGCAACCAGAGCGUGGUGCUGGUGGAGGACGGCCGGGUUCAGAUCAACUGCUCCAUCUUGGCGCAGACGAGCGCGGAGUCGCAGCACACGGUGCUGUGGUUCGCCCGCCGGGGGGCCCCGGACGAGGCGGGGGGGCCGUCCGAAGGGGGGGAGGCUCAGGCCGAGCUCCUGCUCAAGAUCAACCACAACUCGGCGUUCGAGUACGGCGCCUACGCCGAGGAGGAGCGUCUGCAGAGCCGCGUGCAGGCGGAGCGUCUCUCCGCGCAGCUGCACCGUCUCACCCUGCACCGCGCCGAAGCCGCCGACUCCGGGACCUACUUCUGCCUCGUGGAGGAGUGGCUGCCCGACCCGAGCGGCGCCUGGUACCUGCUGGCCCGGGAGGCCUCCGGCUUCACCCGCGUGGUGGUGAAGCAGCCAGAGGUCCGCCUGCAGGUGGAGGAGACCGAGUCCAACGUGACGGUCCAGGAGUCCUCGUCCUUCCGCCUCGGCUGCAGCAUCCCGUCGCAGUCCAGCAGGGAGUCCCGCUUCUCCGUGUCCUGGUACGUGGCGAGGGCGGGACGCGACGGCGCCGAGGACUGCGUCUUCUCCAUCGGCCACGACGCCGUCUUCGGCAACGGCAACUGCAGCCCCUCCGAGGCCCCCGGGCCGGACUCGCGGCUGCGGUUCGAGAGGACGACCUCGGACCUCUACAGCCUGACCGUCCAGCAGGCGCGGUCCGGGGACGAGGGCAACUACUCGUGCCUGGUGGAGGAGUGGCUUCUGAACCCUCGCAAGGCCUGGUACCGACUCGCCGCCAGCCGCUCCGGCGUCACCGUGGUUGCCGUGCUCCCCCAAGUGUCCACCCUCAUGUCGGUCGUCUGCUCCAACGAGUCGCUCUUCUACUUCGUCUUCUUCUACCCGUUCCCCAUCUUCGGGCUGCUCCUCAUCGCCGUGCUGCUGGUGCGCUACAAGGCGCGCGGCUCCUCCAAGAGCCAGGAGGGCAAGAACGGCGCCCCCUUGCUGUGGAUCAAGGAGCCGCACCUUAACUACUCCCCGACCUGCCUCGACCCCCCGACCCUCGGCCUUCACCCGGGCUCCGUGGAGUAGCCCCGCCCCCUCGUACGCCUGCAGCCCCGACACCCCUCGCUGAUGGGGGAGGCAGGGGGCAGGAGAGGAAAUCGCCGGGAAGGAUUUUCCAGCCGUCUGGCCUGUCCAACCCCGUCUCGCUGUGUCUAAACUGUCCAAGUGUCUGCACGUCUUUGUCACUUCUGUCCUGGGCUGGACUCCCCAGGCCAAACUGCCCCCCAACCAACAAACACUGCCCCCCCCCCCCCACCCG